CAGAUAUUGAGUUAAUGAAGCGUUUGCAUGAAAAAGUGAAUAUCAUCCCACUUAUUGCCAAAGCAGACACACUCACACCAGAGGAAUGCCAACAGUUUAAAAAACAGUACCGUUUACCUCUUGCUGUGGUGGGUAGUAAUACUAUCAUUGAAGUUAAUGGCAAAAGGGUCAGAGGAAGGCAGUAUCCUUGGAGUGUUGCUGAAGUUGAAAAUGGUAAACAUUGUUAUUUUACAAUUCUAAGAAAUACGUUGAUAAGGUAACUUUUCAGGUCACACACAACAGACUGAUUUUCCUGUGGAAGACCUCACAGGAGUUCUCUUGAACCAGGAGACUAUUUUGAGCUGAAAUACCUGGAGCCCUCUCAAGCUAUUUGGGCCUUUCAAUUUGAAACCCAGGUUUGGACGAUUCUAAGCCCUAUGGCAGAGAUUGUAAUCAUUUUCUCUUCACCCUCAGGGUGGGGACUCACACUCAGGGUUGGGAGUGACUGCUGUCUCUCAAGCCCCCACCAAUUACACCAUGUUCUGGUUGUUAAAAUCCAGUGUAUGCAUGAAAUGUAAUAAAAGUAUCUUUACAGCACUAAGUAGAG